GAAAAUUAUCAAAACAUUAACCAAAACCAACCACACGCAAAAUAAGGGGUAUUCGUGUCUUGCUUGUUUUUUUUCCUCCUCUGUUUUGAUUGUUUGGUUGUCUGCAAAUUUUUGAUUUAAUUAAAAUUUAAUUUGAUUUUUGGUUGAUAAUCGAUAUUUUUUUGCCUUGCUCAAUUCAAUCGGCUAUAAAUGGAUCAUCAUCAUCAGUGAAUGCGAAUUUCGAAAUUACAAAUCAUCAUUUUUGAAAUUACAGAAAAUUUUCACUUUUUUUAAAUAAAAAUCACUGCAGUAUGCAAACAAUGGCAAUGGCUGCUAAAAUUGGUGGUGUUUCAUCAUCGUCCACACCAUCAACAACAUCGAAAACGAAAUCAAAACAAAAUGGAUCGACAUCGUCAUCGAUACGAUUAUCGAUUGAUUUAGAUUUAUCUUCGGAUACAAAACAUUAUUAUCCACAUUUUUCAUUAAAAAAUUUAAUUACCGAUCAACAACAACAACAGCAGAAUAAACAGAAAGUGAAAAGUAAAGAAAAACAAUCAUCAGCAACCAAUGAUCCAAGACGUCCACCUAAAUUGUUUGAUGAAGAAGAUUCGGAUGAAGAAGUAGCAAGAAUUGCAGCAAGAUUUGAACAAAAAUAUGGUUAUGAUGUUGAUGGUUAUAUUGAUAAAGGUGAUGGUUAUGAUGAAAAUGAUUCAUUUGUUGAUAAUUCAGAAGCAUAUGAUGAAUUAAUACCACAUAAUAUAACAACAUUAUAUGGUGGUUUUUAUAUUAAUUGUGGUGAAUUGGAAUUCAAACCAAUCGAUGAUGAUAAUAAUCAAAAUAAUCAAAAUCAAAAUGAUAUUGAUGAUGAAUUUGAAAAGGCAAAUCUUUUACAAAAAUUAAAAAGAAAAUCAACAAAACUUGAUGAUAAUGAUGAUGAUGAUAUGGUGGUGGUGGAUUUGGAAAAUGUUAAUCAAAAUCGUAAUCGAAAACAAACCAAACAGGUAAAAUUAUCAUCAGCAACGUCUUCACCAUCACAAUCAACAUCGAUUUUACCUGCAAAAUCAUCAAAAGAAUCAACAACAACUACGACAACAACAUCGAAUGUUAUGUCGAAAAAAUCGAAUCAAAUAACAACUACAAAUCAUAAUGAUAUUAUUGGUCAUAUUGUUGAAACAUCAUUGCUUCUACAGCAACAACAACAACAACAAAAAUCAUCUAGUGGUGGUAAAAAAGUUUCAUCAUCAUCAUCUACAGGUGAUGGUUCGAAAAUUACGCAAAAAGAUUCAUCUUCGAAAUCGAUUAAUUCUCAAUCAUCAACGUCAUCUAAAAAGAAUACAACAACUAUCGAUGGAUCGGAUGGUCAAACAACAACAACAAAGCCACGAAAAUCGAGCAAUAAAAAUUCCGUAUUGGAUCAAUCUUUUAUUAAACAACAACAACAGCAACAACAACAACAACAAGUUGCAUCAUUAGUUGCACAGAAUAUUUUCAGUACAAAAAUGCAUCAAAUGAUAACGGAUAGUUUAUUGGGACAACAAUCUACAUCAUCAUCCUCAGCGACGACGGCAAAGAAUUCUUCGCCAUCAUCAUCAUUGAUACAGAAUAUAACUAUUCUUCGUGCUAGUUUAUUAAGUUUAAAAACACCAUAUGAUAUUGUUUCAAGUAUACCAAUAUCAAGACCAAUGAAUAAAAAAGGAAUCAUAACAAAUGAAUGGAAUCGUUUUCUUAUCGAUGUUUAUCAUAAAACAUCAACAUCAAUGAAAAAUCGUUCAAAUAUUUAUGAAUGUUUAGGAAAAUAUUUUGGUGAUGGUAUUAAUGGUGAUCAAUUAUGUAGAUAUUCGGAACGUUUAUGUUUAGAAAGUUCAAUGUUACCACCAAUGUUAUCGUCAACACAACAGCAGCAGCAUCCGUCUUCAUCAACAACAACACAAAAAUCAAAAUCAAAAGCAUCUCAACAGCAACAAUCAUCGAUGAAACAAUCAACAAAUGAACAGGCGAUUAAUCUUAGUACAUCGAAUAAUAAUAGUCAACAAUCAUCAACAUUUAAUGAAGGAUUAGCCGGUAAAUUAAUGGUUACUGGUAAUGAUAAUUCAUCGAAUCGAUCGACAACAAAUAUUUCGAAUAAUAACAGUGGUGGUAGCAAUAAAUCAUCAAACCCAUUAUCGCUUGGAAAAAUCAAACAACAACAAUCGUCCAGUAUUCAUGAUCAAUAUUCUAUGUCAAAUCAUCAUCAUCAUCAUCAUCAUGGUUUAGCUAUGCUACAAUCAUUAGCAAAUUUAGCAUCAAAUGCUCCAACUACCUCAUCAUCAUCAUCAUUAUCACCAUCACCAUCGUCAAUGCUUCUUGGUGGUGGUUCUUUAUCAUCAAAUACGAAUAAAUCAUCGAUACGAACAUCGAUGCCACCACCACAGAUACCAUCAUCAUCAAGUUUACUUUCCAUAUCUAAUUCUAAUAAUCAACAACAACAGCAACGUUCAUCAACUACACCGACAACAAUGAUGCCUCGCAGUACAAAUAUACCGAAUCCAAAUUCAUUAUUAGCUGCAUUUGGUGUGACAACAAAUUCUUCUGGAUCACAAUCGUCAUCGAAUACGACAUCAUUAACAUCCAAACAACAAUCAUCACCAUCAACAACAUCUAUAUCAUCAUCAUCAUCAUCAUCAACAUGUACAUCGAAUAUUAAUUCAACAACAACAACACCAAUACGUAAUGAUAUUCUAUCAAGUUUUUUUCAAAUACCCGAUAUGUUUACUAAUGCCAAAUUAAUAAGCCAUUUUUUAAAUAAUUCUCCACAAUCAUCAUCAUCAUCACCACCAAAUAAUCGAUUAUCACCAUCAUCAUCAUCUUCGAUGAUUAAAAAUUCAUCAUUAUUAUUGAAUAAUCAAACACCAACAUCAUCCGCAGCAGCAGCAGCUAUAAAAACAUCAUCACCAUCAUCUUCGUUUUCGGCAUCAUCAUUGAUAGCAAAAUCAUCACCGCCACCAACACAAUUAUCAUCAUCAGCAGCAGCAGCCGAUAUUUAUGGUCAAUCACCAACAUCACAACAAAUAUUUUUAAAUCAUUCGAUUGGAAAUUUUAGUAAAAAUUCUUCGCCACAACAACAGCAACAACAACAACAAAAUUCACCAUCAUCAUCAUUGAAUAGCUAUAAAUAGCUAUGAGUGGUUUUCUGAUCCAGAAAAAAAUGACAGAAUUUUGAAUCUUAAGAUUCUAAAAUCUUAAAAAACCUU